CGCGACCCCGGAAGCGGAAGUAGUCAGUUUACCUGGAGCCGACGAGAGCUAGACUAGAAGUGGAACGGAGACGCUUGCGGACCGAGGGAUGAGAUGAAUGGCUGAGAAGACUUUGUGGAGGACAUCAACCUUUUACCAGGAUCCACCACAUCAGCCGUCUUGGGAGACUGUUCAAGAAAUAAGCAAAGUCUGGAAGACGAUAUCUAAUACAAAAGCCGCUCUUAGGCACACUGAAAAUAAGCUGGAUGUGGCCCCCACGAGCAGUGCAACAUUGGACCCCAUCAUGGAUACCAAAAGAGCAGGAGGCAGUGCUACCCGGAAGAUAAGCAGAAAGGAUGGUCGAUACCACGAGGAUUCAAAUGCUCACCACGGAAAACAUUCCCACCCAGCCAAAUCUGGCAGAGAGGGGUCUUCUCGUAGUCCAUUACGUGCCACUACACUGGACAGCAAUGUUAAAAGCUCCUGUCGUGUGGGUUUCCGGGAACCUCUGGCCUCGUAUAGGGAAGUCCUGUCUUCAGAAGAGAAAAGUCCAGGAUUCAGACUAAAGAACUUUUGUCAAGGCGAGAAGGACUUUGAUAGCACACGUUCUUCUGCUGUGGACGAGACCACUGUGCGCUACCUAAAUGACAGAUCAGCCAUUGACAGUUUGCAUUGGCAAUUGCAUCGGUCUCAAAGUGACCUCAGCAGUGAUUACAGAGUUAUGACACCAACAGAACCUUCACAGCACCACCCUACAGUCAGCCCAUUGAGUAACAGACUAGAGACCUUAAAAAAGAGGCAACCUGAUGCCAAACUAGAGAAGCUGAAAGAGCGAAUCCGCAGACAGUGGGAACUUUCAGAGGAACGGGAUAACAGAGAACGUCUUCCAGAAACUAAAAAUUUCACAGACAAUACAAAUGCAAAAACAAGGAAAGUAACAUCUGCUCCACCAGCUCCAUCCUAUCGAGGUUUUAACCCUCCAGAAACAAAAAUUCGUACCCCAGAUGGCAAAGUUUGGCAGGAAGCUGAAUUUCAGAACUUAAGUGUGCAGUUGCAUGGCACAUUGCCAGCUUCAUGCCAGGAAGGAAUGCUGUCCAAUGAGAAGUCACAGGCAAAGAGAACAUCCAGACCAGUGAGGAAAGUUCAGAGAUUGGCAGAAGAUGGUGGAGCAAGUCCUGAUGGGAAGACUGGACACAUAAUCAGCACGUCGUCUUGGAGGGAUGGACAGAAAUUGAUCAAGCAGAUCUUAGGCCCUGCACCCAAGGUUGAGAGAGAAUCAAAGUCUCAAUCUAAUGACCGUCAAGCUUUGAAAGCGACUUCAUCGACUGAUGGUCAGACGCCUAAGAGACCAGGAUCAAAAGAGAAAAACACUGACAAAAGGACUGCGCCCAGUGAGCGACAGAAGGAAAAGCGUUCCAAGUCAAGUGAGCGCCUAAUACAAGAAAAAGGCCGAUCCAGAGAGGCGCCUAUAGAAGAUAUUGACAGACUCAUUAAACCAGGAAGCUCCUCAAGCCACUCAGAUUCACGUCAAGCUCAAAAGUCUACUAGAAGCCAAAUGGACACUACAAGCAAAAACAGAAAUUCCCACUCUGUGGAGGAGCCCAACCAUGAGGAUUUGUCUACAGAAGUGAAGAAAGAUUUCCUGCCACUUGAAAUCCGAGGCAUUUUAGACGAUCUGCAGUUAGAUAGUAGUUUAGAUGGUUCAAAGCAAACCCAAAAGAGAAGUCACAGUCCAACCAAAAGGAAGUCUCAGAAGAGACAGGUCUCUGAGGAACCCCACAGUUCUUCUAAAAGGAGACACUAUGACUCUGAACAGGUCCGGCUGUAUAUUAUGCGCCAGCAGGAAGAAAGGAAAAAGAAGCAGAAUGAGCAGAGAGCGGCUCAGCGGCAGGCAGAGGAACAGAAGAAUAAACGCCUGCAAGAGCUUUAUCAGAAACAAAGAGAGGCUUUCAGCAAAGCAAAAAAUGUUGCACCCGUUUCAAGAGAAAAGGAAACUGAAGAGCCAGUUUCUAGCAAAUCUGUGGAUUUGAAUUUACCUCGACCACAGGACACUUAUAGCAAAUUGCUACUAGGUGAAACUUGGCCUCCACAGACAGAGCAAGGGAAACAGAUUAAACCAUUGUAUCAGCCUUCUGGUGAAUCUGACAAAGAGAACAAGGGCCAAGAGAGGCCACUUAGUGCCUCUUCCAGUAGUGACCUCUCUCUCUCUGAGCCUCUACAGCCUCUUCUCAGGAGUGACCUUAUGGAGGCAUACUGUCCUCAACCAGACAAGCUGGCAUCGAAGGGCACAUUACCUCAAUCUCAGUUUCUUGCUCUUCCUAAGGACUUGGAAUCUCUGCUCAACCCAAGGAAAAAUGCUGUGAAUAUGUUUCCUGCGAGUCAGAGGACGAAUGUACAGUUCAAGACAUCCAGUGAUUUUAAGAGCAAUUUGAAUCGUAUAGAGUCUUUAAAGGCGACAGCAAUGUCUCUGUCAUCUAGAAUUGAAAAUGAAGCUAAAAAGUUGGCUGGUGGUUCGCUAACCUUGCCAAUAGCUUGGUCCUCUGAACCUGACUUAAAACCAUUGGUGAAAACAGCAUGGCAAAAACCAGACAGUCCUCCAGAAAAAGAGAGCAGAGUGGAUGCAUUCUCUAAUAGGAUUCAGAAAAUGCUCAGUACAUGUUCUAGUCAUUUCUCCCAGGAGGACCUUCCUGGGGCUAGCCAUCUAUACAGGAAGCAUCCUGAGGAGUUACCUGCGCACCCGUCUGCUUCACUUGAGAGGUAUGAUGACAAGGAGGAAAAAAGCAGGGCACAACAACAUGAACAGAGCGUGAUUCCCUCGGGAUCUCAGAAGAAAGCAAUCCCUACUCCUAAUUCCAGUACUAGCUCCAUCAGUGAAGGGCCCAUUUUGAGUGAAGACAGUUUCUCUGAAGGAGAAGGUCAACCUAGACACGCGUCACUUCUUCCCCCAGCAGAAACGCUUAAAAGUAAGGAGUAUUGUAUCAAGGAUUACAAGUCUUUUGCUCCACUUGCUGAAUUCCAGAGGGAAGCCAAUAAAUAUUCUCCACUGGCUUCCAAUGGGAGACCUGAUCAAGGUUCGUGGGAAGAGUUGACUAAAGGAAGUCCUUAUAGCGUUAUCAAUAUCUUUACCAGGACUCUCCAGCAACAAGGAAGAGAUCUUAAUGGAUAUGAAGAAAAUGAGCCAGGUGUCCAGUCUGCAUCGUCAGCCAGUAGUCCUCAGAACAGUCUCUCCUAUGCUGAUGACUUUAUUUCAUCCCAAGUUAGCGAGUCAGCAACAGAUUCUCGGAAAGAGGCUCAUCAAAGUGAGGAUACCAGUGCCUCCAGCGCCAAGGAAGAACUACCUCUUGUCCAGUCUAGAAGUGAUGUUUCACCACACUCUUCACGAACUCCCUCUGCUGCUUCAUCUCCUUUAUCUGCUUCAUCUCAGAGAGGCAGCACAAAACGAAAGGUUUGGCAUAGUAGUAACUCUCCGCUCUCUGUGAAAGUGGAGCAAAACUCAUCUGGUUCUGAAAACAAAAGCCAAGGGAGCAAACGGACAUCUCCAGUUCUGUCUGCCAGCAAAGAUCGUUCCGCAGGCUCCGACUCAGAUAGCACAAUGGGUGACGUUUCUUUUCAUUCUAUGGCAAGCCUCACGUCUGACACUGGAAAAGACUUAAGGAGUCAGCAGCCCAGCUUCAAGGAUGUAGGGGAACAAGAGCCACCUCCAUCUGGACACCAACUGGGAUCACAAGCACCAAUUUCCAGAACAGAGACUGGGCAAAGUGCUAUGCGAUUUUCUCCGGCUGGGUUACACCAACGGCUCUCAGCUGAACUGAACUAUCUUGGUGCCAUGGAGGAAUCUGUUCGGCAGCUGUGUGAUGUUGAGCGUGUGCGUGGAAUUUCUUUGGCGCAGCAGGAAACAGUUUCACUUGCCCAAAUACUAAAGGCUCAGCAGCAACGUCAUGAACAAAAUAUGGCAGCACUGAGGCAGCAGGCUGAACAGGAGGCGCAAGAAAGCAUGAGACAGCUGGAGGAGGCACGACAGAUAGCAGCAAAGACACAGGCAGAAAUGCUGCAACGCUUCCAAAAGUCCAAAGAGCCGUGUGCCACCCAGAAUGUGAACAGGCUACACGAGGAGCCAGACCGUGGUUACUUAUCUCCAGCCAGCUCAGAUCAUGCGAUUACAUCAUCAGACCAGGAAAAACAGCAACGUUCCCAUGCAGCCAGGAAAAAAGGGUCUCGUUCUGCCUCUCCAUCUUCUCUACCACCCAGUAGUGUGUCCAGCUUCAAAGAGCGAUCGCACAGUAGCAGUAGUGAGCAGGACAGUCAACCAGUGUCAUCGAUAAAAGAAGAAACCGCAAGUCACAGGACGCUGGGGGAGAGCAUCUCUGAGGACUUACCAACUCCAGACCGGAGUACAACAAAGGAUGAUGUCAGCUUGUCCAUUGAUGAAAAAGGUUCAAGUUCUGCAGAACCUAGAAAUGAAGAUGGCAAUGAGGAAUUAUCGUUCCGUUCCCUGCUUCCCUCUGAAGCCCACCGGCGAGGUAGUUUAGAGAGACAGCGGAGCCGUCGACAUGAAUCUGAUGAAGAAAGUACUCCUGAAAAGGAGAUUAGUGGUCCUUUUUCCAGUGGGCAGGACAGUUUCUGGAAAUUCACCAUGGAGAUGGUUCGUCAGUACAUGCAAGAAGGAGAGAUGCGCUCAGCCCACCAAGCUGCCCUUCUCCGUCUUCGUCAGAAAGCACUUAAAGACAAGACAAAAGCAGAACUUGCAUGGUUGGAACACCAAAAGAGACGUCUCCGCGAUAAAGGGGAGGAUGAUAAAAUGCCCCCUUUAAGGAAGCGGCAGCGUGGCCUUUUGCUGAGACUGCAGCAAGAACAGGCAGAGAUCAAACGUCUACAGGAAGCAAAUAAAGCAGCUCGUAGAGAGAGGCAGCUAAUCCUGAAACAGCAGGAGGAGAUUCAGCGCAUCCAAAACAGCACCCUGAGGCUCCAGGAGAAACUCAAGUCAGCAGAAAGUGGGCAUCUGGAGCAACCCAGCGAAGGGGACAUUCAGCCUAGUCCAUUAUCCAGCCAUGAUCCCUCCGAGGCUGAGAGCCGCAGUCCGUCCCCGGUGUCAGUCUCAGGCAGUGAGACUAGCAGCAUCAUGCAGAAGCUUCGUAAAAUGCACAGCCACAUGGAUGCCAAAGACAUCUGCCCUGUUCACUGCUUCUUCUCUGUCUUUACGCCCCAGCACUGGGCCUCUCUCAGUGUGUGCUUUCCCAAACUUCACCCCAAAUUCCAGCUCUAUAUCUGCCGCCAUCUGCUCAGAUUCUUGACAAAGCGGGAACAGCAGCUGGUGCAGAGAAGAUUGCAUGCACAGGAGCUUCUGGAGUGGAAAAGGAGAUUGGAUGCUGAAGAGCUGGAAAUUAGGCAAAUCGAAAAGCAGGCUCUAGCUGCUUGGGAUAACCAAAGGGUAAAAAAUGGCCAGAGUACUGAGGAUCCACAAUCUGUUGUAGAAGACAAGAGAGUCAGGGAUGGCUCCUCAGCCCAACCAAGUCCAACCAUCCAGACCAGGACCUCGAUGAGUCCUCCUUCAGAGUAUUUGUCUUCAGAAAGCAUUGAUCCAUCAACCAUUGCUGAACAAAUCCAUGAGCAGAGUGGGGAGCACGGUAGCAUCUCUGAAGAGUUGACUACAUCUGGACACAGCAAAAUGUCUCCUCCAAGAACCAGCAAAUCACCAGCCGACUUUGAGUCCAGCAAGGAAAGUAUUAAAACUGGGCGUCAGAAAAUUCACAUUACCCUUAGACCUCACCAGCUCUCUCACACCUGGUCUGAAGAAUCACUGUCCAUGACACAUUCAGAGGCUACAUCAGAUCAAAGUGACAUUGAAGGCCGCAUACGUGCACUAAAAGAAGAGCUUAAAAAACGUAAGUCUGUAGUGGAGAACUUAAAGAGGGAGCAAAGGAGAAGACAAAAAGAAAGACUGCGAGCACAGGAAGCCAUAUUACUUCAGCAACUUCAGUCAUAUGAUGAGUACAUCCAGAAGACGCAAGCAGAACUGAGCGGUGAACAAGGCACAGUACCCAGUGUUAAAGGUGUGCAGAAACCAUUCAGAGACACAGUCCCCAUAGGAUCUGAUUCUUUCCAGAGGACUGACAGCACACCAUCCGAUAAGGCUGAAAGUGAGCAUAUAGCAGAGAUCAGCUCCAGGUCCAGGGAAAGUACAAGUCCUGAAAAAUCAGUGGCCAGUGGAAAGGAAGAUGGGACUGAGAGUGUCCAUGAUAAAUCUGCACAUACACCUGUCCCUUUCUCGACCAAAGAAGAUUCCCCCAAUGCUGUUCCUCCUUCUCCCACAGUCAGGGAGGCUUUAUUAUCAGCACAGGGCAGCCCUGCUUCAAGCAUCCAAUCGGAGAUCCCUGAAGACAUGUUGGACGCUCAUAGCAAUAGAUCUGUCUCACCACUUCCAGCCUUGGACCUUAAAAUAGGGAGUGAAACCCCAGAGGAAAAUGUUUCUCCUCAUAGGGAUCUCUCUUACUCUGAAGAUUUUGAGACAUCUACAGCCUUUAAAUAUUCAAUGUCUGAAACGCCUCGUGAAGAAUUAGAUGUUUCGUACUCUACUACACCAGGAAGGGAUAUACCUGGCGAGGGGUUUUAUGAGCAAGAGGAUGAACGCAGGGCGUUUAAAUCACCAAGUCCUACUCUUCAAGCAAUCACAGAAUUGAAGCCUCCCUCACAAGAAAUUCAGCAUGUUAAUGAAACCAGUGACCCUCUUGCAGAAUUUAAACUAGGAGAUAGAGUCUUGGUGAGUGGAGUGCAGCCUGGCACGCUUCGUUUUAAAGGAGAAACCUUGUUUGCUGAUGGUGUGUGGGCUGGGGUGGAGCUUGACAAGGCCGAAGGCAACAAUGAUGGAUCACUCGGAGGCAGUCGUUAUUUUGUUUGUUCACCCCUACAUGGAAUAUUUGCACCACCUCAAAAGAUUGCAUUGCAUUUACUUGAGGAACACGAACCUCCAGUAGAAGACACACCUAGCGUGGAAACCUCUCUUAAACCCAAGGAACAGUUUGAUGACGAAACCCCCUUAAUUGAUAACUUUGAACCAAACGGUUCAACGAGGACCCCUUUAAAAAGCACAGAGUCUAGUGUUUCCGAGUCACACAGUACAUUGAUAAAACAAGAGUUGCAGGAGGGUCUGCCCACAGACACCCCUCUUCCUGAUGAAGGAACCCACAAGUCAAGAACACCUCUACUGGAGCUGACUGAAAAGUAUAGCGAGGCUAGAUUUAAAAAACGAGCACCAGAAGAAGUAAGCACACUGACGGACAGUCUUCUACAAGUCUGUUUGAAGGAUACAGUUUCUUACCUCCAAAGUAUACAGAAACAAAGGGCACAGAAAAUUCAACAAAGCAAUCAGGAGCUGCACAGCGCUGAAGUCGUUAGUGGCCUGCACAAAGAGGGAGACGCAAGCGCAAAACAGAAUGAAUGCCAAAAGCUGGAUUCUUUACGAGAAUCAUUUGGUGAAAAGAAUGUGACAGAAUUUGAGCCAAGCCGUAACAUCUUUUCCAUCCUCGGGGAUGAACCGGAUUGGUUUGAUGAGGAUUUUGGACUGAGCAGUCGUAAAAGCCAACAGCUUGAACUGGAACGUGCUCUCUCCUCCGGUCCUGAGUCGGAGCUCAAAACGUUGGCACCUCACCCUGAACCAUCACCAAAGUCUGUUCAACCAGUGUCCCCACCCGAGCCCAUCUUUGCUGUUCCUCACACUGUGGCAGAGGUAGAGCAGCUGGUGGAGGUGGCAGCGGAUAAGUUGUGGGAAUGGAAGCAGCUGAGUGGAGACCUUGAGGGGAUCCGAAACGCGUUCAUCCUUAACGAGGAGGAAGAGAGCCUAGCAUACUGUGCCUAUAAAGAAAUGUUGUUUGACCUGACUUUGUAUAUAUUUGAAGAGGUAUGUUCUCCAGAUCCCCGAGGUUCUCAGCCUCCAUGGAAGAAACCGCUUAGGGUUACUCCGUCUUACUCUCGCCGAGUUAGAGAUCACACUAACAUCAAGGAAGUAAAGGCAUUUCUAACAAGCGAAGUUCUUAAUCUCUUAAACCUAAGGAAAGAGGAUAAUCCUAAAACAGACUGGCAGAGGAUGAUGAAGUUUGGAAGGAAAAAGAGAGACAGAGUAGAUCAUAUAUUGGUACAAGAACUGCAUGAGGAAGAGGCACAGUGGGUGAACUAUGAUGAAGAUGAGCUGUUUGUAAAAAUGCAGUUGGCUGAUGGAAUAUUUGAGGCCUUAAUACGUGACACCAUACAGGUUCUCCAGGGUAUCCAGAACAAGAAGAAUCCAACCCUCCAUGUGUGAGUGAAUGAAUGAACGCUUACCAGGUCCCAAUGGCUACAGUAAUGCUGGAGGCACAAGGGAAGAAGAGACACUGGGCUGGGCUGCCCCUGAAAAAGCAAGCCAGACUCUGACACGUAAACCUUGUCCUCUGAUCAGAGAAAGUAAGAAAAGAAGUAGAUCUGCAACCGGAAAGGAAAGGUCUGGACUGUGCUUCAGCGAACCUUUUACUGUUGGUUUGGACUUGGAUUUUAAAUUAUUAAUGGAUUUUACGGAUCAUAACUAGAAGAGGCUCCUUUAGUCUCUUGCUGUGACACUUUACCUGUUGGUCUUCAGGCCAUUUACAGCGCAAGCAGACUAUAUAGUAACCAUCAGCAAGCUGCCCCUAGCUCAGCAGCUUGCAAGAUGUAGGUUCAUAGUAGUGAUACUAGUGAAAAUAUCAAAGGUUCUCCAUCCGCGCACAAGGGCGUGAUACUGAUACAGUUUAACUUGACAUGGGUGUGUAAAGUUCUCAUCAAGUGUCCUUACCUACCUUCUUGCAAUACUUGAAAUGUUGGGUGUACAAUGCGAUGCGAUAGCAAUCUCCCCGACUCCGAAACAUUGGCGUGAGAAUUACGUUUCCUCAGAUACACAGGUUACACAUGAUUGCGCAAGCAAAUUAUAAUUACAAAAAGGGUGUAGCCUCCGCAUUGAAUAUAAUGUGAAAUAUGAAGCAUUUCAGUGUUCCCUUUUGCAGUAGUGAGGACACUGUUGGUCUGUAGUUACACACAAGUGCGUUAAUCGCACUGAACGCGGCCGUGCAUGACUGAGGAGGUUAUACUCCAGAGGAAAACUUCAGAUAGUCCUUCAAGUCCAGCAAUGUCCUUCUACUUUCACUUGAGCUAACAAACACUGUGUGUUGCAGAAGCUCUUCAGGACAUAUACGCAGUCCGUUCUGUUGCUGGUAGUAGCCACAAUGGCCACUGCUGUUGUUACAGGACCUUUCAUCAAAUACAUUGAACUGGAGCCAAGGAAAACAAGUCGGGUGAACUGCUCCAUGGGAGAUGUGAGAAGGCUAUCAGUGGCUCUAUGUGAAAUGCAUUGGAUCACAGCCAUAGAAUCUGGCUAACUUGUUAGUAUUAAAGUGGUUGGAUCAUUGGGGGUCCGACCACUGGGGGGGGGGGGGCACCAGUCACAAGGAGCGAGGCUGUGUGUGUGUCCCUUUUGAGUAGAGCCAGUAUACAGGCAUAAGAUCUAGCAUUUAAUUCAGAAUCUGGGGGGACUGUCAGAGAUAGCAGAGUUCUUUACUUUGCUAUGAGGCCACAUGCACACGUCCAUGUUUUUGGUGGAUCUGAUGCGGAACCAUUCAUUUCAAUGGGGCCGUUAAAACUGCAGGCAACCCACUGUGUGCCGCCCCGCAAAAAAAAAUAAAGUAGAACGUGUUCUAUUCUUGUCUGUUUUGCAGACCAAUAUAGGAGAUUUUUACAGGAGGGGAGGGGAGAAAUGGCAGCACGCACAUGGCCACAGUCUGUUUUUUUUAACUGAUACGGUUGUGUACCUGAGGCCUUAGUCCCAUAAAAAACGUAAUGGAGUAGUGCUGUGCAUGCGUGGACCCCUGUUCCUUUCAAAGGGGAAGCACACAGGUAAGUUCAAGGCAACUGAAUAAGGGCGCAUGCACACGGCCAUUGCUAAUCACUUUGAUGGGUCUGCAAUCGGGAAGGUGCAGAACGGAGGCACGGAAGCACUACGGAGUGCUUUUGUGCAGUUUCUGUCCAUGCCUCUGCGCCACAAAAAGGAGUGCAUGUGGAUCGCGAACCACAUUCAAGUGAAUGGGUCCUGCGUUUGCAUGCGGCGGCCCUACGGUUAGGUGCCCGUGCGUUGCAGACCACAAUUUGCGGUCCACAGCACGGGCCCGGACUGGCACAAGUUCGUGUGCAUGAGCCCUAAGGAUUCUAAUAAAUCCUUUACAGUUUCAGCACAGCAUAUUACUUGCUUUUUUCUAAAUGGAAUACUUAGCGCUCAUCAGCCGAGUGCACAUUGAACUGUAUGAACAACAUCAGCAUCAGAGCUGUUGUAGAAGCAGAUGCUAGGAAGGCAUGCUGGUACAUGUAGUCUUCACCAGCCAGAGCGACACAGGCUGCAUAGUUGUUAAAUCUAUAAUCUUUGUAGCAAGCGGAGUGACGUGCAUUUGCAUCAGCUCCCUAUACCUCCAAGUGCUGGUUUCAGCUCAGGGGCCACUUGUACCCGUCACCCAAAAUGCUGCAUUGUAAAGUCCCUUGCUUUGUAUAGCCUUGUGAAUAACCUGCAGGAAAAUGUACAGUAAGAAAGUGAAGCUGUAAAUAAAUAUUGAUUUAUACAUAUGACUUGG